UUUAGAUUCAUUCGCAGUUUUUGUCUCUUCAUCUGGCAAAAUGCACGUGAAACUAAUAACCGUUUUAUGCCUCGCAUUUGGCUUUUUGGCCUUAGUGCAAGGAAAGUCUAUUAACAAGGAUAAUGAGCAAAAAGUGAAAGAUUCUUGUGAAUGCAGUGGAAAACCUAAAAAGAAAUGUACCGAGGAGACGAAGAAAUCAGAGUGCCCCGAAAAAUGUGGCGGUACGUGCACUGAAAACAAGAAGUGUGAACACAAAGAUCAACCCAAGAACUGUACACACAAAGAUCAACCCAAGAAAUGUGAUUGUAAGGCAGAAGCAGAAAAAUGCAAAAAUGUUGCCGCAAUUGGAGGUGGGAAGAAAUGCAACUGUAAAUGCAAAGAGGGAGAGGCCAAGGCAGGAAUUCCAAGACCAGCAGACCCCGCUGUAAUAGGCGCCGUGAAACUAUCAUCUGCCAUAUCGCCUCAGCUUGGUAUAGGCAAAAAAAUCAAUUCUACAAAGAAAUGCUGUUGCGGUGAUUGUUGUCAUGACUGUUGUCACGAUUGCUGCUGUGAUUGUUGCCAUGACUGUUGCUGUGACUGCUGCCAUGACUGCUGCCACGACUGUUGCUGUCACGAUUGUUGCUGUCAUUGCUGUGAGCCAUGCUGCUGUUGCUGCCACUGUUGUGAGCCAUGCUGCUGCUGUCACUGUUGUGAGCCAUGCUGCUGUCACUGCUGCCAUCAUUGUUGCCACUGUCCAUGCUGCUGCUGCUGCAAAAAGUCCAAGGAACAACUCAAUUCCGCUGCAUUGGCUGCCGCCGCCGCAGCUGCCGCCUCCCGCCCAAUCCAUCAUUAAAUCGAAAUUAUCGUCACUAAUUUUGAAAAACAUAUUCUGAUUGUAGACCAUCGUUUUGCGUGUUCCUCUGCCUAUCGCUGCAACAUACAGGGCAUAAGCUAAAUGACGUCCGCUGCCGAUGAAAUUGUUUCAUAAUGGAAGUUACAUAAUGGUAAAAUGUCAGAGAAGUAAGGAAAUUGGUAAAUAAUUAGAUCUGAAAGUCAGUAUAUAAAUUGAAACAAAAUUUAUCCUCUAUCCGUUGAGGUGACAGGUAUACUAAAGGAAAGUCUUAUAAGAGUCUUAACGAACUUUAUCGAGAAAUAAAGCCUUUAGCGAUUUUGCUACAUCAAGAUCACGUGAGCCCGUCAGGAACGGAAAGAGUCAUAUGGUUCCAAGUGCAUUGCAGCGUAAAUACUUUAUGACGCGUCACCUGAUAUAUACCUCUUCUGAUGUUCAGACGAAUCGUUUUUGUCAAGAACAAUGAAUAUUAGUGUUUACAUCGUUUUUUGCGAGCAAUUAGUUUGACUGUUUUUAUUUAAAUGUGAUAUGUGCAAAGUGUAACCAUAUUUAGGGAUAUGAUGUGAGAUUGUUGAAUGGUGUUUGUUUGAAAUGCGAAUGUGAAAUAAAAUGAAUCGAUCAACG